GAAGUGGACAAUUAAAAAUUAGAUUGAAAGUUGCUUCCUCGCUUUGUUUUACUUUACUAUCUCAACUUCACAAACUCCUCGCCUUCUCAGAAGCAACUUGGAUCAGAGUCCUUUCUUGGUGGAAAUUGAUGGCUUCUUCUUCUAAUACUCAUUCGGCAAAUUACGACGUUUACCUUUCUUUUAGGGGCAAGGACACAAGAGACAAUUUUGUCAGCCAUCUCUACGCAGCCUUAUGUAGGAGUGAGAUUAACGUUUUCAUUGAUGACGAACAUGACAGAGGAGAUGAAAUUUCGGCAUCUCUUUUGAACGCAAUUGAAGGGUCAAAGAUUUCGAUUCUUGUUUUCUCAAAAGGCUAUGCAUCUUCUAGAUGGUUGCUCGAAGAACUUGUAAAGAUUCUUGAAUGCAAGGAAUACCAUAGGCAAAGGGUGAUUCCAGUUUUCUAUCACGUACCUCCAUCAGAUGUCUGGAACCAAAUGGGGACUUUUGGGGAAGGAUUUGCUAAGCUUGAAGAGCGUUUUAAGGAACGUCCAGACAUGCUGCAGAGAUGGAGGAUUGCUUUAACAGAAGCAGCAAAUCUUUCUGGCUAUAAUACAGAUGUGACCAGGUGGGAACCAGAUCUUGUAGAGGUAAUAGUGGAAAAUAUCGUGGAGAUACUGGACCAUGUGUAUCCAAGCGAUAACAAGGACUUGGUUGGAGUGCAAUCAAGCAUAAAGAAAAUUGAAUCACUACUAUGCAUUGGGUCAAAAGAUGUUUGCAUAGUUGGAAUUUGGGGAAUGGGUGGUAUAGGCAAGACAACUAUCGCACAAGCUCUAUAUGAUGAAAUUUGCAAUCAGUUUGAAGGUUCUUACUUUGCUUUAAAUGUUAGUGAAGAAUCAGAGAGUCCUAACAGUCUAACUCUCUUGCGACAAGAGCUUUUUGCUUCCAUAUUAAAGGAUGGACCUUCCGAUUCAGGAUUCAUCUUCACAAAGCUAAGGCUUUUUCAUAAAAGGGUUCUUCUCGUUUUUGAUGAUGUGACUUCUUUAGAACAAAUAAAAUUUUUAAUUGGAGACCUCAACUGUUUGGGUUUUGGGAGUCGAAUCAUUGUAACAACAAGGGAUAGACAAGUGCUAAAAAAUUAUGGAGUAGAUGAUGAUAAUAUUUACAAGGUUGAUCCUUUAUUUCAUCAUGACGCUCUCCAGCUUUUUAGUUGGUAUGCCUUUCAACAAAAUCGUCCUGCCUUUGGUUAUAAUGAGUUGUCGAGUAGAGUAAUAAAAUAUGCUGAAGGAGUUCCAUUAGCUCUUAAAGUGUUGGGUUCCUUUUUCCGUGGGAAGACUAAAAGUGAAUGGGAAAGUGCAAUAUAUAAUCUAGAACAAAUGCCUUGUAAGAAUAUCCAGAUGGUGCUUAAAGUAAGUUAUGAUGGACUAGACCUUUAUGAGAAGAAUAUAUUUCUAGAUAUUGCAUGUUUCCUCAAAUGGGAGAGUAGAGAUAUUAUCAUAAAAUUUUUAAACUCCAGUGGUUUCUUCGCAGAGAUUGGAAUAAGUGUUCUCAUUGACAGGUGUCUUAUCACUGUUUCAAACAAUAGGAUAACAAUGCAUGCUUUGCUUCAAGAAAUGGGUUGGGAAAUUGUCCAAGAAGAAUGCUAUAGAGAUCCUAGCAAUCGUAGUCGUUUGUGGAAUCAUGCAGAUAUCCAUCAUGUGUUGAAAAAUAAUAUGGGGAGUAAUACAAUUGAAGGCAUAUGCUUGGACAUGUCCAACAUAACACAUAUAAAUUUAAAUCCAUGUGCUUUCUCAGAGAUGCCUAACUUGAGAUUCUUGAAAGCAUAUAACUCACAUUGUGAAGAGAAUAGUAUUAAUAAGUUGUGUCUUACCAAAGACCUUGAAUUUGUUUUCGCUGAGCUAAGUUACCUCUGUUGGCAUGGGUGCCCAUUGAAAUCAUUGCAAUCAGGUUUUUAUUUAGAGAAUCUUGUUGCUCUUGAUAUGUCUUACAGUGAUAUUCAACAACUUUGGAUGGGUGACCAGAUUCUUCUUAAUUUGAAAACUAUCAACCUCAGUCAUUCCAAGCAUCUACAAGGAAGUCCAGAUUUCUCGGUCACCCCAAAUCUAGAGAGCUUGAUUCUAGAAGACUGUUCGAGUUUGCUUGAAAUUUCUUCGUCUAUUAAUCGUCUUGAUAAACUUGUUGUCUUGAACCUACGACAGUGCAAAAGUCUACAUAGUCUUCCAAUGAGCAUCAACUCAAAAUUUCUUAGAAAAGUUUUUCUUUCUUCCUGCUCAAAUCUCGAGAAGUUUCCAAGGAUAUCAAGUGAUAUAGAAGAGUUAUAUUUAGAUGAAAGUGCUAUAAAAGAAUUGGCUCUAUCGAUCGAAAAUCCAUCCAGAUUAGUGACACUCAAUUUUAAAGGCUGUUCAAGUCUUGAGAAUUUACCAAGCAAUAUAUGUCAUAUGAAAUCUCUUGAACAUCUUGAUGUCUCUGGGUGUUCAAAACUUGAUGGAUUGCUGGACAAUUUGGGAAACUUAGAAGCUUUGAAGGUGCUUAAAUUAGAGAAACUUGCUCAAAGAGAAGUAUCGUCAUCCAUUGUAUGUUUGCACUUUCUAAAGGAACUAAAUCUGACUGACUGUGGUAUUGUGAAGUUACCUGGCAGUUUGGGUCAGUUAUCAACACUAGAGAGUUUAUUUCUCGGCAGAAACAAUUUUGAAAGCAUUCCAACAGGCAUCUCAGACCUUCAUAAGUUAUCUUAUCUGGACUUAAGCUAUUGUCAGAGGCUUCAGUCCUUGCCAGAGCUUCCAAGUGAAUUACUAUAUUUAGAUGCAAGCAGUUGUACAUCACUAGAAGCAACAUCUAAUUUAUUAUUUACCUUGUCGACAUACAUUGGAGUUAGCUUCUUCAAUUGUUUCAAACUAAAACAAAAUGAACAUAUUGACCAUAUGAUGUGUAGCCUAUUUAAAAGCAAGUGCAGAAGAAUUAAAUUCGACUCAAGACCUUUUGGUUAUUACUGUUUCCCUGGAAACCAAAUCCCAGAAUGGUUUACCUUUAAAAGUAGUGGAGCUUCUUUAAAUCAAACAGUCAGUGAUUGCUAUCCUACAUUAUGUAGUUUUGGUGUGUGUGCUGUUGUACAGUUCCAAAACUAUCAAGAUGAUGGUCACGGAUUGGUAGUCCGUUGUGUGUGCAAGCUUGGGAAUAGAUAUGGUAAAGUGUUCUUUUACUAUGAUGUUGGACACCAUUGUAUUGACUCAGAGCACAUCUUCCUGGGAUAUGAUCUUCACACGUGUUUCUUCAAUUGUGCUGUUGAUUCAUACAUUGAAGAUAAUGAAGUGAGCAUUCAAUUUUAUGUUGAGGAUUCGACUGGCAAACAGAUAGACUGUUGUGAGGUGAAAAAUUGUGGUCUUGAGUUUUUUCAUUUUGAAGUGAAUCAGGAUCAAAUGCAGACUGCUAGAGGAAGAUUACAUGUGAGGAGGAAACGAAGUGCGGGAAUUGCACUGAGAAGGGGGCGCCAAAUGCUAGAGCUAAGAGUUGUCCAAAACUGGUCAGCAGCAGACAACAAAGAGGAUGCAGUGCUCAGGCUUUCAGAAAAUAGGACCACUGAGAGUGUGUUACUGAGGCGGCAGCCCCCAAGAGAGUAAGCAAGAGAAAGGAAGGAACAAGAGUUAGAACAGGUGGCAGCAGGGUAUUGAAGCAAACAGAACAGUCAGCAUUUACUUUGUGGCAAAGUCAAUCUGAAGAAGAAAAGCAACGUGGCACAAUAUUGGAAGGGAGGCAGUUGACAAAUGAAACAGAACAGUCAACAAUUACUUUGUGGCAAAGUCAAUCUGAAGAAGAAAAGCAACGUGGCACAAUAUUGGAAGGGAGGCAGUUGGCAAAUGAAACAGAACAGUCAACAAUUACUUUGUGGCAAAGUCAAUCUGAAGAAGAAAAGCAACGUGGCACAAUAUUGGAAGGGAGGCAGUUGGCAAAUGAAAGAGAGAAGGUAGAAAAGGGAGUGGAGGAAAAGGAGGAAAAAGUUGGUAGAGAAGGUUGAUAGGGAGAGCACAGGCCUCUCGAAAGCCUGUUGGGAGCUGAGUGCUUUGAUCUUUUGCAGUGUAAUUGCAGUUUGUUCUGGUUUUGCUGCUGUAAUCUCUGGGCUGUGAAUUUGUACUUUUAAUCAUGUAAUGAACUCUUUUGUAAACCUUAUUGAAUACAUAUAUGCCACUGGAAUUUCAUUUCUA